AUGCCUAGCACAAAGAAACCAUCAGUUUCGACCGUGGCUCCUAGCCUGAAGGUUUUGAACAUGCGAUUUAAACAGAUUCAGUCCUCGUUUAGUGACAUUUGGCGUUUUGUUGAAACAUUUCAAGAAGAUUCCUCGUCGAUUCAAAUUGAGAUUCGUCUGGAGGAAAUUGAUAACCUGUGGGAGAAACUGAAUGAUACUUUGAUUGAAAUUCAAUCUCAUGAUGAUUUUGACUUAGACGAAACUUAUUUCGAGCGUGAAAGGGUCACGUUUAGCGAAAAAUAUUACCAUUCAAAGGCCUUUCUUAUGGAAAAACUUAAGGAACGGACUCAAUUAUCGGAUUUGAGUAGUACAGUUAGGGUGAAUGACUCGGUAAUGCAACCAACUCUUGAUCACGUUCGACUUCCUCAGAUCAAACUUCAAACGUUUAAUGGGAAUAUUGAAGAAUGGUUAAGUUUUCGGGAUUUAUACAUGUCUCUCAUUCAUUGGAAGACUGAUUUACCGGAAGUGGAAAAGUUUCACUAUCUUAAAGGUUGUUUGCAAGGUGAACCAAAAGCUCUAAUUGACCCUAUCAAGAUCACGAAGACCAACUACCAAAUCGCCUGGGAUUUGUUGCUGAAGAGAUACAACAACAGUAAGCUCUUACGGAAAAGACAAGUUCAAGGUCUGUUUCAGCUCCCCUCUUUGACAAAGGAAUCCGUCAGUGAUCUGCAAGUUCUCUUGGAAGGGUUCGAGAGAAUUGUGCAGACGUUAGAUCAGAUCAUACAACCCGAAGAAUACAAGGAUCUUCUUCUGGUCCACCUUCUCUCCUCGCGUCUCGAUCCUGCGACACGCAGAGGAUGGGAAGAAAGUUCUGCCGCCAAGGACCAAGAUGUUGUACAAGAUUUGACGGAGUUUCUUCGCAGGCGUGUGCGAGUUUUAGAAUCAUUGCCGGUUAAGGUUGUAGAGCCCAAGGUAGUUCAGCCACAACAAGUCCCAAGGUUUAAGCAUUCUACUAGGGGUAGCUUCAGUUCAUUCCAAUCGUCUGGUAGAGCGUGCGUUGCUUGUCAAGCGGAUCAUCCAUUAUUUCAAUGCCAGGCUUUUCAGCGCAUGAAGAUCGAGGAUAGAGAAGGGUUGCUACGAAGUCAUUCGCUAUGCAGAAAUUGCUUCAGCAGGAGCCAUAGGGCAAAAGAAUGUAAAUCGAGGUAUUCUUGUCGCCAUUGUAAGGGUCGUCACCAUAGUUUGGUUUGUUUUAGGUCGGACAAGGAGGAAUCUAGAGGUUCUAGAUUUCGAAAGGGUACAGAGGAAUCGAAACCCCAAGAACAACAGUUGGUAUCAGCUCCUCAAGUAACGAACCUGGCAGCUACAGAUCUCCUGUCCUCUAAUGCUGCGCCUCAACGCUCGUCGCAGGUUCUCUUGGCCACAGCAGUAGUUAUUUUAGAAGAUGAUUAUGGUAAUCAAUACCCAGCUAGAGCUCUUCUAGAUUCUGGCUCGGAGAGCAAUCUGCUUACGGAGCGAAUGAGCCAACGGUUGAAAACCACAAGAGAAAGGGUAGAAAUCUGCGUUAUAGGAAUAGGUCAGGCAGCAACGAAGGUCAAGCAGAGAAUUCAUGCCACGGUUCGAUCACGAGUUUCAGAGUUUUCGCGAGCUAUGAGCUUUCUUGUCCUACCCAAGGUGACAGUUAAUUUGCCCACAACAACGGUACAAACAAAAGGCUGGAGAUUUCCAGAUGGUAUUCAGUUGGCGGACCCUUCGUUUUCGGUGUCUAGUGAGGUGGACAUUGUUUUAGGAAUCGAAUCAUUCUUCGAUUUCUUCCAUACAGGAGAAAAGAUCGAUUUGGGCGAUCAACUUCCUUCACUGAAUUAUUCAGUGUUUGGUUGGGUAGUCUGCGGAGGUUUGCCGAUCCCACGGCAAGCCAUACAAGUAAUCUCGAAUGCUUCGAUUACUGAAGAUCCUCUGGAAGCCAUGAUGGCUCGAUUUUGGUCCUGUGAGGAGGUCGAGUCAACCAAUAUUCUUUCACCAGAGGAAGCCAGAUGCGAGAGCUUAUUCUCGAAAACUGUGAAACGCGAGUCCGACGGAAGGUACACAGUUGCUCUACCGCGAAAUGAUAGUAUUAUUGACCGAUUGGGGGAAUCGCAGGAGAUCGCUAUGCGGCGAUUUCUGGCAACGGAACGGAGACUUUCUAGGGACGAAAACCUUAGGAAGCAAUACGAGGAGUUCAUGGAGGAAUAUGUUCAUUUGGGUCACAUGCAAAAGAUAGUUGAGUUGAAAGAUGAGUCAUGUCAGAAAUUAGUUAUCAAGCGUUGUUUUUUGCCACACCAUCCAGUUGUUAAAGAGGCCAGUACCACUACAAAGGUCAGGGUUGUUUUUGACGCCUCUUGUAAAACUUCAAGUGGAGUAUCGUUAAACGAUGGGCUCUUGAAUGGCCCUGUUAUUCAGGAUGACUUACGCUCGAUUAUCCUCCGUUGUCGAACCAAACAGGUUAUGGUUGUUGCCGACAUUGAGAAAAUGUUCAGGCAAAUCAAUAUCGCUGAAGAUGAUCGUCCUCUCCAAUCCAUUUUGUGGCGAUCAUCUCCCAAGGAAGAAAUAUCGAUCUAUGAACUGCGAACAGUCACCUACGGAACCAAACCAGCUCCAUUUCUAGCCACUAGAACGUUACAACAGUUAGCCACGGAUGGGAAAGAGGUAUUUCCACUUGCAGCAAGGGCUGUUUUGAAUGACACCUACAUGGAUGAUGUCAUCACAGGGUCAGAUACCGUGGAAGAAGCGAGUGAGCUGCAAGUUCAGCUUGAUGCGUUGAUGAGUUCUGACAAUUUGGCCAUCAAAUGUCCGGAAGGUAUAAACCUGGAUCCUGAUCCAUCGGUCAAGACUUUAGGUUUGACAUGGAUGCCCACAUCAGAUGUUUUCAGCUUUCAAUUCAGUAUUCCGGCCAUAGAAUCUAUUGAACCAUUAACUAAAAGGCGAAUACUGUCCGUUAUUGCUAUGCUUUUCGAUCCCCUGGGGCUCAUUGGAGCCGUAAUUGCUACUGCUAAGAUUUUUAUGCAGAAAAUUUGGAUGUUGAGGGAUGCUAAAGAUCAACGACUGGGCUGGGAUGAACCGGUACCGUUGAUGAUUGAUGAAGCUUGGAGAAAAUACCACCAGCAACUCAGUUCGCUCAAUGAGAUCCGAAUAAAUCGAUGCGUUAUAAUUUCUAACCCUGUUCUGCUUGAGAUCCAUUGUUUUUCUGAUGCGUCAGAGAAGGCGUACGGAGCUUGUGUGUACAUCCGCAGCCAGAACUCCCAAGGUCAACGGAAAGCAACCCUCCUUACAUCAAAGUCACGCGUAGCACCGUUGAAGUCGCAAAGUAUUCCUAGACUAGAGUUGUGUGGAGCAUUGCUUGGGGCUCAGCUGGUAGUCAAUGUGAAAAAGGCCCUCAAGGGCGAAGUCUCGACAUUCUUUUGGACCGACUCCACAUGUGUUCUACGCUGGCUUUCCUCUACGCCGUCAACCUGGACUACUUUCGUGGCCAACAGGGUGAGCAAAAUUCAAACCAUGAUCGAAGGGUGUCAAUGGAACCAUGUAGCAGGAAAGCAGAACCCCGCGGACUUAAUCUCUCGUGGUAUUCUACCCAAGGAGAUAGUUGACAACGAGUUUUGGUGGAAUGGUCCACAAUGGUUAGUUGAAAGCAUGGAGAGCUGGCCAAUCGCCUCGGUCAGCAUGCUUGAAGAAGAAGGAGAAGACGAAAGGAGACACAAAAAGGUAGCUGCAACAACCUCGGUUAGCCGAGAGUUCAACAAUUGGUUUAUUUCCCACUUUUCCGACUAUACGAAACUUAUCCGUUCCACUGCUAUUUGGAUUCGCUUGAUUCGAGUUCUUAGAAAGUCAAAAGAAGGUCCAACUUCUGGGUUUCUAAAAGCGACAGAGUUGUCAGAGGCAGAAAUGGUUAUGGUACGCCUAGUUCAGCGAGAAUGCUUCCAGGAUGAGCUGAAGUCAUGCUCAAGGGGGGAAACGGUUCCCAGAAAAUCACCAUUGCGUUGGUUUAACCCUUUUAUUCAGAAUGGCAUCAUUAAGGUCGGCGGUAGGCUGAUGCAUUCUCAGGAAUCCGAAGAUUUUAAACACCCCAUGGUUCUACCCGCGAAUCAUAAUUUCACCAAGCUACUUUUCGAAUCAUACCACAAAAAAUUGCUGCACGCUGGACCUCAGCUAACUCUCUGCGCUGUCAGACAGCGGUUUUGGCCUCUGGGAGGAAGGAGCGUGAUUAGAAAUGUAAUUCACAAAUGCAUAAAAUGCUUUAGAGUGCGCCCUAAGCCUAUGGAGCAAUUCAUGGGAGACUUGCCUGCUGCACGAGUUAGAGAAUCACGCCCAUUCACUAAAACCGGGGUUGAUUAUUUUGGCCCGGUUUAUCUACGCCAUGCGCCUCGUAAGCCUUCGGUUAAAGCUUAUGUAGCGGUGUUUAUUUGUUUCGCGACGAAGGCAGUGCACCUAGAAUUGGUAACUGACCUUACAACAGAUCGGUUUCUACAGGCACUUAGAAGAUUCAUAGGACGUUGGGGAAAGGUUUCAGAUAUUUACUCUGAUAACGGAACCAACUUCAUUGGUGCUAGAAACUACCUGCAUGAUUUGAUGAAGCUACUGAGAUCCAAGGAACAUCAUGAACUAAUUUCUAAAUACUGUGCAAACGAUGGAAUCCAGUGGCAUUUAAAUCCUCCUCGAGCGCCUCAUUUUGGUGGCCUAUGGGAGGCGGCAGUAAAAUCUGCAAAACACCACAUAAUUAGGGUCAUUGGUGACCACCCCCUGUCCUUUGAGGACAUGCAAACGUUGUUGGUUCGGGUGGAGGCUUGUCUUAAUUCGAGGCCUAUUACACAGCAAUCAGAUGAUCCGAAUGAUUUGGAACCCCUUACACCGGCACACUUUUGGUUGGGGUCUUCCUUGCAGGCGCUUCCAGAACGUGACUUGUCGAACAUACCUGUUAAUAGGCUCGAUAAGACACAGCUGAUCCAACAAAAGGUCCAACAAAUUUGGAAUCGGUGGCGAAAAGAAUAUCUUUCGCAGCUGCAAGCUAGAACGAAAAGGUGGAAUAAAAAUGUCAACAUUGAGAUCGGCAGAUUGGUAGUCAUCUGCGAUGACAAUGUUCCUCCGAUACAUUGGAAGAUGGGUCGCAUUUCAGAAGUACACCCUGGUCAAGAUGGCAUUGUACGAGUUGUAACACUUAAGACAAGCAAUGGGUACAAAACUCGUGCGGUGGAAAGAAUUUGUUUUUUGCCAAUUGAACCUGAGUCAGAUAUGAAAUAUGAUACUGUGCAAGCAUAA